UCAAAACGUUGUGUAUGGCAUAUGGCAUGAAUGUUAUUGUGUACAUUCGUUGUGAAAAGCUCUGCCGCUGAAAUCUAAACUGUUUGCCUUCCCAUUCAGUGAAAUAAUUACCAGCGACCCGUUGACGAAAACACUUUCCUUCCUUUUACAGUUUACCAUGCCACUCGAAUGUAACAAACGGUAAACCAAUCGAAAUCUCUGCAUAAAUUGUUGCAACCUGCAAAUCCACAAAAUGCAAAUCACAUCCAACAAUUCCCAGUUCUUUGAAGGAUGCGGCCAAAUCGGACCGAUCCGAUGCAUAUUUUUGAGUGAAUUCCAUCCGUCCCUGGGCCCGAAAAUCACGUGCCAGGUGCCAGACGGCUACGUAUCGAAAGAUAUCUUUGAUUCGGUCAAUGUCUACAUAAUACCGAAGCCGCAGCUACAACGGUGUAUAUUGACUGUAAACACUCUCGGCUACAAAAUCGUCGGCUAUCCGGUUCGCAUUGAUGGUCAACGAUAUGCACGGAAUGCUUACUAUUUUAACUUGUGUUUCGUCUGUGAUGCCUGGGCACGCACCAUUCAGUAUGAACCAGUGAUAAAGAAAUUGGCCGAAUACCUCAUUAUGAUGGAAGACGAGACGGAGUUUCUAUCGCGAGACGACGAGAAGGAGGAACUGAAAUUGGACAGAAUUACCAAACUUCUCACCAACAUUCUGACAGACUUAAACGAGAGGAAAGUUACGACAAUCAUCGAGGGCGAGACCACAAUCUACCUAAAAAUACUGAAUCCUAAGCCAGAUCCACAACCAGUACUCGAUCAUUUGGUACCGCUGCUGUGUGAAGCGUAUGAAAAUGCGCCGAUCGAUGUGUGGGACUUGACCACGCAACAGGUUCUGCCCUACAUAAACGGAAUCAAUCACGUCGCUCGCAUAGCCGCCGAAUCGGAUGUGGAAAAGGCAUUGGUCAAGGCGUGCAUACAGAAUUUAGUGUAUCACGAAGUCGUCCAGUUGCUGCCGCUGCUGAAGUACAGCAAUGUGUACAUGUGCACGAGGAAUUUACAGAAUUUGACAAAGGAUCGAGUUUUGGGACAAUCAUGUCGAAAAUUCGUUGCAGUCACGUCUGAAUCUCUCCCGUCACUCUACAAAAUCCUACAAAUCUACUCGUUCAUGACACACGCGGUGAAUCUACGAACACUGUGCCAACGAACGUGUCCACGCGACAAUAACAUCGACGAACGGAAAUUGGUAACGUUCGGACUGCAAAACAAUUUGAUCCGAUGCGUCAACAAAUAUCCCAUUUGUACGGACACACCGAUCGGUAGACAGAACAUGUACACCGGUCUGGACAAUAUGGAUGAGAUUUGUUGCAUGACCGGAAUGCUACCGUCGAAGAUCGACGAAGACAUUGAGGCGGAUCCCUUUUUGACGGUCAUUUGGAAAUGAUGGACAGCCAGCUGCGACGGUCACCCGGAAUGGGAUUUCAAAAGUAUUUUGUACGACGACCUGCGCAACCUUCUAAUUUAUCUAUUUAUUUUGAAAAUAAAAAACGUUUUGCACCGAA